AUGAGCGGUAUUAAACAUACCGUCUUAUUCGCUCAUCUACAGGACUUAGAGACGCCCCAUUAUCUAGGACCACCAAUCACCUCCGUGGCCGCAGUUACCACAGAAGCCUUGGUCAUUGUCUUGUUUUCACAGCUGUUCCGUACAGCAGACUCAAUGGAACAGUGGGAUGAUGUCCAGAAGCUCUUGACAUAUGUCUAUGUCAAAGCUACCAAGGCCGCCCAGGACUUGGGAAAGGUCUUAUUGGACAUUAGCGUAGUGCUCAAAGACCCAUCAGAGAGUUUUCCCAAUGAUUUCGGGAAUGAUGUGGAUAUGUGCUUUCGAAUUCAGGGCUGGUGCGUCCCUCUCUGCGCCGACAACAUUCCGUGCGCGUCACUCCUAGCUCUGAUAGGUUCAUACCCUGUCGUUGCCCUUGGUGGCACUUUCGAUCACUUGCAUGCAGGACACAAAAUCCUGCUUAGCAUGGCAGCAUGGAUAGCCAGUAGCAAAGUCAUUGUUGGUGUCACAGGUAUGAUAAUGCCUUACAACCCAACACGAUCUUUCCUGCAGUUCUUCCGCCCUGAACUUGAAUACGAAAUUGUCGCAAUAAAGGACGUGUAUGGCCCUACUGGUUGGGAUCCUAAUAUUCAGGCGCUGGUGGUCAGUAUGGAGACUCUGCCCGGUGCAGCAUCAAUUGACAAGAAACGCGCCGCCGAGUCAUUACCUCCCCUCCGCACAUUCGUCAUCGACGUUAUUUCUUCAGAGAGCGAGAAGCUGGACCAUGAGGACAUGGAGAUGUUGAAGCAGACCAAAUUGAGUAGUACAUUUAUUAGGGACUGGAUUGUGAAGAACACUGUAUAGAAUGUUGUAGCACGUAAAUUAAACUAAUCCCGGUCCAGACUC